AUGUAUCAUAAAGGUUUUGUUGUGGUGAUGGACGAAAGAGAUGUUUUUGUCUUGUGUCGCUGGAACGGGCGUAUAAAGAAGCAUGGUCCUAAUGGAAUACACUACCAAGGAUCUACGAGUAGGGCGAUUAGAGUUAAGCGCAACACGGAGUUAAUCAGAUUAUUGGAUCGGCUUUAUCUGAUUACCGGGUUUGAUAAACGGAGAUCGGAGCUUAGAGUAACCGGUAGGUAUCCUUCAGCCGCGGGACAAUCCCUAAAGUAUGUAGGUCUGCCCUUGACAAACGACAGAAGAUUGAAGAUUAUGCUCGAGGCUCCAAUGAUCCAUCCUUGUAUGAUCCACGUGGAGUUGUAUUUGCAAGCAAACCGUGGAGGGUGUUUCACUCAUAAGAAGGAUCUGAGAGUUUCAAGUUUGUGGCUUGAUGAUCGAGAAUUUCGUGUAGGACUCCGGUUUAAAGAUGAAGCUGAGAUCAAGAAAGCAGUGGACUGGUUGUCUAUCAGAGAGGAGCGCUAUUGCAGAGCACAAGAGACUGCGAUUCCAUCAUUUAAAUCGGUUUUGCCGAAAUUGGUUGAACCGGACAUGUGGUCCGGACUACGCUUCCUCGCGACACCAAACUCGAAAGAUCUUCGCUUUCUCAGGUUUGUGGUGCUCAUGGGUGAAAGAGAGGUUUUGGUGUUGUGUUACUGGAAUGGUUGUAUCAAGUAUGGUCCUGAUGGUGUAUACUAUGAAGGAUCAGUUCCUAAGAAGAUCACAGUGUCAAGCAAAACACAAAAUAAGCAAAAGUCAAAGCUUGAUAUAAUUGGUAGGUACCCUGUAGCUGUUUCACCCAAUCUGCUUAGGUAUGUACAUCUUCCCGUGGUGAACGACAGUAUUUUGAAGACUAUGCUUGAGGUUCCUAGCAAGCAUCCUUCUGUAAACAGUGUGGAAUUGUAUUUGGAAGUUAAACCAACUCCUGACGAUGUUAUUGAUCCUGCUGCUUGUUCAUCGCCUUUGGAAAAUCCUGGUAGUUCCUCAAAAAGACAGAGGACCCAACAAAACCAAGAAGCUAACGGUUAUGUAGAUACGUAUGUGACACAUCUAGGUGUUAAGUUAGAAAGGGUUGAUGAGUUAGAGGUUCAGGGAGUGGAAAACAAUAAUGCGUGGACUGAAGAUGAGGCAAAUGCGGACAAGGGUUUGAGUGUGCCAGGCUUAGAGGCGUCGGCAAAUGCAUGCGUGAGUGAAGGCGUCGGUUCAAGUGCUGCAAAACCGCUGUCUCUGUCUAGUUUGUGGGUUGAUGAUCAUGAACUGCGUGUAGGGUUGCGUUUUAAAGAUAGAGAUGAGCUGAAGAAGGCGGUGGAAUGGUGCUCCAUUAGAGGGGAUCAGAAGUUUGUAGUACAAGAGACCGAGAAGGACGAGUAUAUGUUUGAGUGCAUCAGAUGGAAGUGUAAGUGGUCACUUUGUGCAGCUAGAAUGGAAGAAGGCGGUCUUGUUGAGAUAACUAAGUAUAGUGGUCCACAUACUUGUUGUCCUUUGGGGUCAGAAAAUGUCAACGUGGAACUUGCAGCAGAGGAGAUUGAAUGUUUGAUCAGGGUACAACCCACAGUGACAGUUGCAGAGUUGAAAAAUUGGUGGUUUGAAAAAUUCGGCUACAAGCUUGAAAGUGCAGAGAUGCAGGCAGCGAAACAGCAAGUGAUAAAGAAAAUAUAUGGAGAUUGUGAUCAGAGUUUCCGAGUAUUGCCCAACCUAAUGGCUGCGUUACACUCAUCUAACGGGCUGGAGAACCCAGAAGCUCGGCGAUGGCUAGACAAACUGCCACCACAUCAGUGGACUCUUGCUCAUGACGGUGGUCGGAGAUGUGGAUACACGAGUAUAGAUUCAGAGACUUCGUUUUCAAUCUGUGAAAGCUUUCAGUCUCCUGGUUUGCCAGUGACAGCGACUGCACUAUUUCUGUUUGAUGUGCUGAGAUUAAAUUUUCAAAUCGGUCUUCGUGAUAGCCGUGGUAGGCUUAAACGCGGAGAUAUGUACACCAAACCAGUCACAGACAAGCUCAAAGAGUUUACGACAGCUUCUGUUACAGACGUCGUAAUGCCCUUAGACAAUAAUUCGUUUCAAGUCACAACACCAUUAAAAAUGAAUGGAUGGAUCGUUCGGCUGAGUGACUGCACCUGCACGUGUGGGGAGUUUCAAUCAGAGAAGAUUCCAUGUCUACACGCUCUAACUGUCUGCGAGAAGCUCAAAAUCAAUCCAUUGGUGUAUGUAGACGACUGUUUCACUCUUGAGCGACUUCACAAAACUUACGCUUCCACUUUUUCUCCUGUUCCGGAAGUAUCAGCUUGGCCGGAAGCUUGUGGAGUUCCGACAUUGUUUCCUCCGGUCAUUCCGCCACCACCACCACCUCCGACUAAAGUAUCAGGAGAACGGAAGAAGAGUGAUACAAGUCCAAAGGCAUCCUCUAAAAGGAAGACGACUGAAGAACCUACCAAGGAGCAGUCAAAAUCUGCAUCAAAGGAGAAACCAGUUAAAGAAAAAGGGAAAGACAUAACCAAGAAGCCUCCUCCUAGUGAUGCAGAGCUGAGAAGUGCAAUUGUUGAUGUCUUGAAAACGAUGGACUUUAAAACAGCAACGAUCACUGACGUCCUCCAGGGACUUGCUGACAAGUUCAAAAUCGAUCUCAACUCAAGAAAGUCAUCUAUAAAGUUUAUGAUCGAAGAUGAGAUCAAUAAGCUUGCAAACGAGGCCGGGGAUAUGGAUGAAGAAAAGAAGAAGAAGAAGAAGAGGAGGAAGAAGAAGAAGAAAAGAAGAACCGGAAAUUCGAUAGACUUAGCCAGACUUAUGAAUACACCGGUUCAGAUUUACUUCGACACCGGAAGCGAGAAUCUCCGAUAUUUCCAGGUUUGUUCAUUUCCAAUGGAAAAUCCAGGUAGCUCUUCAAAAAGACAGAAGAGGACACAACAAGUAGCAGUGGGUGAAAAAACCAGUCCUGUGUCUGGUUUGUGGCUUGAGGAUAACACAGUGCGUGUGGGAUUGUGUUUUAAAGGCAUAGAUGAGCUGAAGAAGGCAGUGGACUGGUGGUCCAUUAAGAGGCAGAAAAAUUGUUUGGUAAGAGAGAUCGAGAAGGACCUAGAAUGGAAAAAAGGUGGUCUCUUUGAGAUAACCGAGUGUAGUGGUCCACAUACUUGUUACUCUGACUCUUCAGAAGAUUUUGAAGUGGAGUUUUUAGACUAUGAGAUUGAACGUGUGGUCAGGGUACAUCCCACGCUCUCAACUGCAGAGUUGGAUAAGUGGUGGAAAGAAAAAUUUGACUAUGCGCUUAAUCAAGUGAUGGAGCAUUGUUCGGAAGCAUAUUUGCAGGAUGCGAAAGAGAAAGCUAUCAAAAGAGUCUUUGGAGAUUGGGAUCAGAGUUUCAGAUUCAUGCCCAAGCUAAUCGUUUUUCCAGACUAUUACGAGAUGGAGUGUCUUGUGAGGAAGGCUGGGUCGACGAGCCAGAAGGAAGAAUUCGAUUCCUGCAUGACGGAGAUCAAAGAGAAGAACCCUGAAGCUUGGAAAUGGUUUGAACAAUUUCCUCCACAUCAGUGGGCUCUGGCUCAUGACAGUGGUCGGAGAUACGGAGUCAUGAAGAUAAAUACAAAAGCUCUCUUCGCUGUUUGUAAAAGAUUUCCGAAAGUUGCAAUGGCAGGUGGUGUGAUGCUUCUGUUUGGUGAGCUGAGAGACGCUUUCGAAGAGUCUUUUAGCCGUAGACGUGGCUCUCUUAACCGCGGCGAAGUGUACACGGAACAUGUCAUGGAGAAGCUCACGAAAGAUUCCGUUACUUUUGUUAUAAAGCCGUUAGAGAGAGAUGCAUAUCAGGUCUCAACGGUCUCGAAAAAGAAGAAGCCGUUGCUUUUGGGUCAGUCGGAUGACUCAACCUGCGAGAUUGUUCAGUUGAAUGACUCAACCUGCACGUGUGGUGAGUUUCAAAGGAAGAAGUUUCCAUGUCUGCACGCUCGAGCUGUCUGCGAUAAGCUGAAAAUCAACCCUUUGCAGUAUGUAGACGACUGUUACACUACUGAACGCUAUUACAAAACUUAUGCGGCCAAUUUCAAUCCUGUUUCGGAAGUCUCGGCUUGGCCGGAAGCUUCUGGAGUCCCAACAUUGCUUCCUCCACCUAAAGUAUCAGUUGAGAAGAAGAACGGUUCA